AACCACAUACAUGGAAAGACAAGAUAUAAAAAAAACCCAAUUCAUCAAAACAGCAAUAUAAUCAAGCUUCUCUCUCAAAUGGGGAUUCUUCAGCUGAACUCUCCUUGUCUCUCUUCUCUUUCACUUCCUUCUAACAUCUAUAAUAAAACCCAGAAACCCCUCAAAUUCCCAAACCAUCUAAACUACUCUAGAGGAAGAAUCAAAGCCAUAGAUACCACAAUCUCAGGAACUGAAUCAGAAGCCACCCCCCAAGAAGAACCACCUUCCAUUGAUUUUGCAUUCGUCCAUUCUGUAUUACUACCGGACGGAUCACCGGAUAUACACACGCGUUCUGCGUGUGGUGGACAGAAGCUGAGAGAUAUAAUGCUGGAUGGCGAUAUCGAUCUGUACGGACCCUAUGCAAGAGCUCUACUAAACUGUGGAGGAGGUGGCACGUGUGGCACAUGUCUAGUUGAGGUUGUUGCAGGUAAGGAACUGCUAAACCCACGUACAGAUAAAGAGAAGGAAAUCCUCAAAAAGAAACCCAAGACAUGGAGACUCGCUUGUCAAACAAUGGUUGGGAAAGAGGACUCUAGAGGCCAGGAAUACUGUCCAUGUGCCAGUGCAGCCUAUAGGUGCAAUAUCCAAGCUGUCCACCAGGUGGGUCUGACCAUGUAGGCAUUCCCCCACCAAAAAUAUAUAAUUAUAUAUAUGCAGCUGGACCACAAAGAUAGAAACAGUUGUAAGAAAACUUCCUCAGUGUUUUAUUCAGCCAUAUAUUUAUUUCAUAAACUGUGCCAUAAGAAUGAUUGGACUGAACUGACUCUUGGACUAGUGCAUCUACACAGUAACAUCCUCUGAUGAAUGGAUUGAAUCUUGUACCAAUGUGCCAUGGGGGCAUGUACAUGAGUUGCUUUGUGCCCGCAUGUGGGCAUAGUGGAGCUCAUGAUACAUAAUGUAUUUUUGUGAUUGAAACAUGAGGAAAGUCUCCUUUCCUAAUAACCAUUGAUUGGAUG